AACCACACAGAUUUUCUUUUUCUCAUUUCUAGUUCUUCUUUUUUCUAUUAUAAUUCUCUCAUUUUCUUUCUUCCCAUUAUUAACUUUCUCUCUCACCAAUCAGAUCUCUAAUGGAUCUAUCCCCAGAAGAGCUUCAAUUCUUGAGCAUCCCAGAUAUAGUAAGGGAAUCGAUAUCAAUCCCCAAACAAUCUCCAAAGACAUUCUACCUUAUCACCCUAACCCUAAUUUUCCCUCUCUCAUUCGCAAUCUUAGCUCAUUCACUCUUCACCCACCCACUUCUCGCUCAGCUCAACAACCCAUCUGCCGACCCAAGCCAGACCCACCAUAGAUGGACCAUUCUGCUCAUCUUUCAGUUCUGCUACCUCAUCUUCCUCUUCGCUUUCUCUCUCCUCUCCACUGCUGCGGUGGUCUUCACUGUGGCCUCCCUCUACACCUCCAAGCCUGUUUCCUUCUCAUCCACUGUCUCCGCCAUUCCCAAAGUCUUCAAGCGCCUUUUCGUCACCUUCUUGUGGAUUUCCCUCUUGAUGGUCGUCCACAAUUUCCUCUUCGUUGCUUUUCUGGUUCUGCUUCUUGUGGGCAUUGAUACCCAGAAUGGGGUUCUGUUCGUAUUCUCUGCGGUUGUCAUACUUUCCGUGUUUGUGGUUGUUCACGUCUACAUCACCGCGCUGUGGCAUCUGGCCAGUGUGAUUUCGGUACUCGAGCAGGUUUACGGCUUCGUGGCGAUGAAGAAGAGCUACGAGCUGCUGAAGGGUAAGAUCCGGUGCGCCGCGGUUCUUGUUUUUGGGUACUUGGCGAUUUGCGGCACCAUCGGCGCGGUUUUCGGGGCGAUUGUGGUGCACGGAGGGGAUAAGUAUGGCGUGUUUGUGAGGAUUGUUGUUGGUGGGUUCUUGGUGGGUGUGCUUGUGAUUGUGAAUUUGGUGGGUUUGUUGGUACAGAGUGUGUUUUACUAUGUAUGCAAGAGCUACCAUCACCAGGGGAUUGAUAAGACUGCUCUGCAUGAUCAUCUUGGUGGAUAUCUUGGAGAGUAUGUGCCUUUGAAAAGCAGCAUUCAAAUGGACAACUUGGAGAUGUGACGAGGAGGAGGAGGAACAUUUUUAUGUGGAUUACGUUAUGUUGGGCAGUUGAACCUUGGAGGAUGUUUAUUAUAUAUAUUAAUGACACAAACGCAGGCGCACAUAAAAAACCAAAAUAAAAACUGUAACUGUCGAAAUGUAAGUACUUGUUAUUGCUACCAUUUUUAUUUGUUUUUUUCUUUGUCUAUUGGGUACUCAACAUCAUUGCCUGAGGCUGUCUCCAGCGGGACGCUAUGUUUAUCUUAUGCGUUGCAGUCUAUUUACCCUAUGUUGAAUAUAAUUAAAGAAUCUAUGUAAUAAGAGAAUUUAUUAUUA